CCCGUUUCGACCCCUGAAAUACAUUACGACAUUAGGAGUACGGACUCGUACUAUGUACCACUUCUUAGCCCAGUAUAGUUGGUAGAUACAUGCGGGAUAUGAAUAGACUGCCCCGCAUUUCUCACGAUAGUAACGUCUGAACACUCUGACAGUUCCACUUGCUCAAGGACUGUACCGACUCAACUAAACACACCCACCCGCGCUCAUCUUAUGGAGCCACCGUCUCUUCGCGUCUCCUGCCUCUGCGGCUCCGUCUCUCAACUCGUCAAGUCGCGGCCCGCCGUAGAUACACCGCGAAACCUCUCCCUCUGCCACUGCAAUACCUGUCGUUACACCUCCGGCUUGCUCUGUGCGUCAUACUGCCCUAUCGCGGUUCCCAGUCUUCCCCAUGGUGUUAAACCAUACGACGCUGCAGAUGGAUGGACGAGGCACUUUUGCUCAUCUUGCGGCUGCCAUGUAUUCCGCUGCAAAACAGCAGACUCGGGCGAGACAGAAUGGGAGCUGGCCACAGGUGCCAUUACUGAGAGCAUCCCCGAGGACAGUUCCAAGGUGAUGCAAUACACACAUCACGACCACGUUUCCGACACCAAAGACGGGGGUAUCGCGGUGUGGAUUCCAGAGUUCCAGGGCCAAAAGAUGGAAUUCCUCGAGGCCGCGGCUCCACCUCACGCCCGUGAAGCUGUAUUCCAGGAAGACCAUCUCCCGGCCUCUUGCGCCUGCGGCCGAGUCCGCUUCCACGUCACCCGCCCUAACCCCGCGAGCUAUCUCCCCCGGUCCAACAUUUCCGAUCUAAUCCACCCGUAUAGCUCGACUGACAAGGCCAUCACGCAGAACCCGGCCGACGAGAAGUGGUGGAUCCGCGCCGCCGGGUCAAAAUACCUUGCCGGAACCUGCGCGUGCCGCUCCUGUCGUCUCGCCGCAGGAUUCGAGAUUCAAACCUGGACCUUUGUGCCCCGAGCCAACAUAUUCUUCCACGUGGCUGAACCAGAUGGGGGUGAAACCAUUGUCCCUCUCGACUUUGAUGCCCUGCCGGCCGAUAUCUUGACGAGCUAUCGGUCUUCUCCCGAUGUCCUUCGCGAGUUUUGCGGAACUUGUGGCGCUACAGUCUUUUGGCAUGACAAAUGGCGCCCAGGCCUAAUCGACGUGAGUGUCGGCUUGCUCAGGGCCGCAGAAGGGGCCAGAGCCGAGAGUUGGGUAGAUUGGUGGACCGAAAGAGUAAGUUUCACUGAGGACGCAGAGAAUGGCCGCGUUGGCACUGAGGCACAGAGGGCGAGAGCCUUGAUCCACUCGCUGGAAGAAGGGCUGCGCCAAUGGAGUAGGACAGAGCAAUAGCUUCCUCGCAGGAAUCUAGAGCAUUACGCGGACAGCCAUUUACACCAUUUCCAGGGUUGUCGAUCUUGAUUCCGGGACAAUCUCACGCGAUAUCGAGCCAAGAUCAGUU